CCGUGUAUAACCCCUGAACAUCGCGUCACCUCGGAUCCCAACAUCACAACAUCACCUCCGACCAUGUCAUUUUGUGCUGGAUGAACAACGGCAGCACAGAAAUCAUCAUUGAUUGCAUCGUCAUGAUACAUACGGUACCUCGCAGCUAGUAGCGAGCAAGAGCGCUUCAGCAUGGAGUUGGAUUGGCCUCAUCGAAAGAUAUCCGAUCCUCACGAAACGAAUGAUGUUAAUCUGCAAGAUGACGAGGCGGAAGAAUCAUUAUGGAUGGGCAAUCAACGGAUCCUCCAACUGAUCCAGACUCGCAAGGAGGACUAUCAAAACAAACCUCGAAUGGAAAAGCCUCUAGUGGCGGUGGAAAUUUUGAAGACGUGGCGUAAUCAAAAUCCACCAGGACGAUUUUUGGUUCAGGAAGCCGACUCGAACCCACCGCUGUGGCGUGAUGUGGGCGACAAAAAAGCCCGAGCGUUCAUUAGCAAAGAACUCAAGCGGCGCAAGGAGGAGGAAGGAGACACGGUUCGUCCCUCCAAGCUCGACUGGAAGGUGGUUGCCAACAAGCUAUAUGAACGAGAGGAGCACGAGGGAAAGCUGCGAAUGGCACUGGAACGAAGCAGCAGCACGAGCGCAGCAAAUCCCGAGCUGAUUUUAAUCUCGGGUCCCAGUGGCUCGGGCAAGACAGAGCUGGUGAGAUCACUCAAACCACUCGUGGUGGAUCAAGGAGGGUACUAUCUCUUUGUCAAGUUUGAUCAGUUUCAACAACAACAUCAAACCACCAAGACACUUUCGCCAUUAUUUGGUGCUAUACAACAAUUCGCAACGAUACUGCAAUCCAAGGGUCCUGCAGCUGUGGAGCAAGUCAAUAAAACGGUACAGGCGACUGUGGGAGCCGAAGUACAAUUGUUAGUGGAAGCCAUGCCCUUUCUCGGAAAGCUAUUCCAUCUCUCGGCCACUCCUUCGUCGUCGUCUCUCGUCCCUGAGCAAAGCAAUCAACGCUUCGUGGUCGCCUUUCGACGUUUUGUGCGAGCCAUUCUAUCUCCGGCACAUCCAAUCGCAUUGAUUCUGGAUGAUCUGCAAUGGAUUGACAGUGAAAGUCUGCAGCUUUUGCACAGUCUGGCAUCGCCAAGGUUUGGAAACCGGCAGUCUCUAUUGCUCGUCGCAACGGUACGGGGAAACGAGGUACAUGUGCAGGAUCAGCUUUCGGUGCAUCUACGGGAACUCGAAGAAGAAGGGACAUCCAUUGUGAACAUUGAGGUGGACAAUUUGAGUGUCGACACCCUCACACAAAUGAUUGAAGAUGCCGGAAUAUUACCCGCGGAACAAAGCUCCACCUUGGCAGAGAUUGUACACAGUCAAACUUGUGGAAAUGCAUUCUUUUCCACCCAAUAUCUUCAAACCAUGCAGGAAGAGGGGUUAUUAUUAAAGCGAGAGAACAGCAAUGCCGAAUGGGAGAUUUAUGAGGAUAUCAUGGAGUUGUCUUCUCGUAGUAGUAACAGUAACAGUGAAGGACCCGACAAUCCACAAAUGGUUCGACUGCUUGCCAAAAAAAUGAAGGCGCUACCACACGAUGUGCAAGAAGUUCUCAUGGUGGCAGCUUGCAUUGGCGGCGAAGUCCGAGAAAGUCUCCUCUUCCAUGCAUCUUCGGUGGCUUCCUCCAGCGUGCUACUAGCACUUUGUGUUGCCGAAGAACACGGUUUGAUUAUCUACAACUUUGACGAAGGGGUUGGACGAUUCCGACAUGACAGUUUUCAAUCUGCGGCAUUCUCGCUUAUUCCGUCCGACCAAAACGGACGUUUCCAGCUGCAAAUUGGACGGACGCUGAGGGCGCAACUUCCCGAGGAGGAGUUUGAAGAGAGCAUUCUCCUGAUUGCCAGUCUGCUGAUUCAAGGAAGUGAUCACAUACUAGACAGCGUUGAUGAAAGAGAAAAGCUGGCAAGACUGUGUCUCAUGGCGGCUCGUAAAGCUGCCAAGGGUUCUGCCUUUCUAUCAGCACUACAGUACAUUGAACACGGAAUGACGCUGCUCGAGCGUCGAAACUGGAGAGACCAGUACGAGCUGAGCCUGCGCUUGUACUCAACCGGGUGUGAGCUUGCUUAUUGCAAUGGUGAUCACGACAUGGUGGAUCGGCUGAGUAAAGAAGUCAUCGAAAAUGCCAGGUGCCUUGAUGACAAACUGCAUGUAUAUACCUCGCGCAUCAUAUCUCUUGAUUCUCGAUGGCAGCUACGAGAAGCCACUAUUCUUUGCCUGGAAACUUUGGACCAAUAUGGUCAGCGAUUUCCGCGGCCCCACAAGGCCACCAAACUGGGCAUAUACUGGGACUUUUACAAGACACGUCGAAUGCUUCGCGGAAAGACAACUCAUGAUAUCCUGUCUCUCCCCCCAAUGACAGACCCAAAGGCUUUAGCAGCAAUGAGCAUCAUUCAGCUGUUCUACCCGAUCGUCUUGUUGACCGACUUCAACAUGUCCCCGUUCACGGCAUUUCGUCUGGUAAGGUUGACGCUGCAGUACGGCUUAAGUUCAAUGGGGAGCGUCGGGUUUGCGUUUUAUGGAUCUGUUUUGGUGCGUCUCGGGAACGUCGAAGAAGGGUGCUUGUACGGGAGACUGGCACUCCGGAUAAUGGAAGAAUUUCCUGUGCGGGAGUUUGAAGCCCGCACCAUUAUUGCAGUCUGGGGCAACAUCAUGACAGAGAUUGAACCGUUGCGGAGUUGCCUGGGGGCCUAUCUGACAGCACAUCACUCCGCUUUUGCCACGGGGGAUUUUAAUUCGGCAAUGGUUGCCCUAUUCUGCCAGUUCAUGCUUCGCUUCUUUACUGGGGAUGCCUUGUCGUCAAUCGUUGAGAACAUCAAAUAUGCGAAGGCGCUCGCCCAUGACUACAACCAUCGACAAAUCAACAUGAUGAUUGACCCCAUAUUGCAGGCUUGCUACAACUUGAUGGGUCAAUCAGAUGAUCCUUUGGCAUUUCCUGGGGACGCGAUGGAGGAGCACGAGAGGACGAGCAAGGUGUCAUUUACCGAAACAGAGUACGAUUUGACGAAUUUCCUCGCGCUUUGCCUUAAGAUCUACAUUGCAAUUUAUAUGAACAAAUUCGACCAUGCAAGAACUCUUGUUGUCUCUAAGUUUCGAAAGCUACGCCAUGACGUGAAGGUUCCGUACAUCCACAAUAUCUACAUCUUCUUUGAGGGUCUCAUCGAAGCAAACUUUGCGAAGAGAUCACUUGUGCAUCGCUGGGGUGCAAACAGACGACUUCGGUGCCUCGAAAAGGCAGCGCUACGGUGUCCAGAGAACCACACAAACAAACUGUUUCUCAUCAAAGCCGAGCUUGCAGUUGCAGCGGGAAGGUAUGAGAAGUCCACACUGUUUUUUGACAAGGCAAUCCACUAUGCAAAACUGCAAGGUUAUCUCAAUGAGCAAGCGUUGGCCUGCGAAAUGGCUGCAAGGAUGUACCUUCAAGCUGGAAGAACAUCGGAGUCUUCAGAGUAUUUUGGAAAGGCAAUCCUGGCAUAUCAGGAAUGGGGAGCAGAGGCCAAGGUCAGGCAGCUCCUUGCUGAAACAAUGGCUGCGGUUAAGUAAAUGCAAACUUGCAGCAGCGGGUCUGUCGUUCUCGUACCGGUGCUGCCCAGUGUGAAGCCAACACAGGUGCCAGCUGGCACGACUAUCCUAGGCCAGACAGGAAAUCUGAGCGAUAAGAGCAUUUUGGUUGUUACUGUUUACUCAAGCGUUACUCCACAAAGAGAGGCAUGUCUCGCUCCUGCCCUGAGGGUGUGGUAGGGAUGGUGUGACUCAGCUUGUGGCCGUGGGGACGUGGCGAGGACUGGAGAAAGAAGAAACGCUGAAGUCAUCGUCGUCCGAAUCGUCCAAAUCAUUCAUUUGCUUUGGAAGACUACUAGGAUGGGCCUUUUCUCCUGGGGUCACUCUGUUCCAACGGUUGGGGUUGCAUUUGCCGUUAUUUUUUGGGGAACCAGAGAGACUCAUCUCUGCCACAGAGCCAAGCAUUCGUAGAGUCUUGCCUGCCACACUGACUCCAGUCUUACCAGCGUUGACAGUGCCUUUGACAACGUCCAUUCCAACUUUGCCAGUCCCCACAACCACAUCUGUAGCCACCUUGCCCGUGCCCACGACCACAUCAGUGGCAGCCUUUCGAGUGCCCACGACAAGACCCACACCAGAUUUACCCAGAGUCAGAGCAGCAUCCGACACGCCUUCUGCAAUCUUGGUAGCCCUCCGAGCAGCAGGAGUCGAUGGGUCAGGUUCCAUCGCCAGACAAGCAGCCAUGAUACGCAGCAUUUCAGAGCCGUCCAUUUCGGGUACCUCCUCGAGGUCGGCAAAAUGAAGAUCAUCGUCCCCAGCCUUGGAGAACCUGUAGUCUGCAGGCUUGGCGUUCGUUUUGGGCGUUCGAGUUACAUGUUUGGUGAUGGGCAAUACAAUGCCACUUGACGAGCCUGGAGUCGUACAGAUAUCAGAAUCAAGGGUGACACAAGUGGGAGCCUUGGUGCCAGCUCUUCCUCGCUCUCCCCUCAGGAGUUUGACUUGCUGGCGCAAAGCUUGAAGCUCCUCCUGGAGUGUAGGUACCGUUUUGACUUGCUCUCGUAGCUCUGUAAGCUCCUCCUGAAGACUGGUUACCAUUUUGAACAACAGAGCCACAUCGGUCUUUGGCUGCGCCUCCGACAUAGGGGUCUUCGAAAGGUUCUGAACGUCAUCGACACUCUCCUUUUCCUUUUGAACGUCAUCGGCCCUUUUCUUGGUGCAUGUACGUGGAGGAGCAGAGUAACCAAGCUCCUUCAUCAGAUCCUCCCUGCUUCGGCCAAGGACGUUUCUUCUGUUGGAAUGCCAGGUUGAAGCGAGCGGAUCAGGCUUGCACAUGCCCCCUGAAGUUGUCUGGGAGAAACUGGUAUGGAACGAUUCCGGUUGUAGGCUCAGUCCUUGAGUCAAUUGGCUUCGUUGAAUACUAGCGCCGGAACGAUGAGGACUCACGGUGCGGGCUCUAGAGGCCCUUCGCGACUGCCUCGAAGGUCCAGCCCCGGUACCGGAAGUCGUUGGAGCAUCCAAUGCAGCAUCAGUAGCGUGGAUCAAUGCUUCCAACUCCCUCUCGUCUUCACUGCUGUCAGUUUGCGAGUUUGCCAUCUUGGUCGUCUUGCGACAUUCCUCUUCUGCUCGAUACUGCUGUCUCUUGGAUUCUCUAUUGGAGCUUUUGCUCCCGCUUCUCUUGGAAGAUAGGUUGCUUAUGCUCUCCGUGUGAUGCAUGCGUCCGUCGUCCUGGCUUUUACUCCGACGAACUCGAGUUUUGUCGCGACUGGAUGACGAAUAAGUUCGCUUGAUAUCUUUCUUCUUGACCUUGUCUGUCUGUGUUGCUCUUCGCGGCGGCGAUCGAGAGGAUAUGCGGCGGUCUGCUUGAGAAUUGACUCGCUUGAGCAUGGAAGGUCUGGGAACUGCUUGCUCGUCAGUGCCGGAGGACCGGCUUUUCUUUGGGCUGCGACUGCUUCUUUUCUUGCCUCCAGUAGAAUGGGCCGAAUCCUGGCGUUUCAGCAACGCUGCCUUCAAGCUCGAUUUUUGCCGUUCGCCCGCCGGCAUCUUCUUGGAGGCAACCGAGGUAGGAGACCCUUCGCCAUCGUUGGCCAGGGAAGGUAGCAUUUCCUUCAGAGACAUGGCAGCGUUGUGAUUACUAUCUCUCUUUGACAUAGGAAUAAUGACAUCGUAUAAGAAGUGGUUUGUCGUCGGCAAGGAUCAUGGCAUACUGUACUGAUCUCCAGUAAACGGUUUUCACAAAGCCGAAUGACCAACAUACAGCCAAACUGGAGUUUUCCCGACCACUUGAGAAACUAAAUACAGUAGUCGACUGGCAAGGCCCAUCAAACUCGGAAUUUGCCAGCUCACAUGCUAUAAGCCAAAUUGAAUUUAUCAUAUCAUGGUGGAGAGAGACACUGCCCGCUUCCGUCGCUACAGUAGCCGCUGUUCUGUUCCGAUCAGGCCGUGAGCGUUGUUGUCGUGGAGAGGGCUUUGGAAGGAAGGUAGAUGCG